AUGACCACCGAGGCCGCCAAUCCAGACACAGGGUCUGCUCUGGCGCUUGUCGAGAGCGAGCUGUCGUCCACGAUAGAGACUCUGAUUCAUUUGAGCGUCCAGGUGCACGAUUUCCAAGGAACAGACGAGGCAAAGACAGGUCUUUCCAACAACAUAAAUAAACUGAUUGCCCAAUUGCAGUCGCUGGCGUCGACAAAGGGACUUGACUAUGUGGCAGUGCCAUUGGAAAUCGUCAAUUACAUCGAGGACGGUCGAAAUCCAGACAUCUACACGAGAGAGUUCGUCGACGUUGUGCGCAAAAUUAACCAGUAUCUGAACGGGAAAUCGAUUGCGUUCCAGCAGUUUAGAGACACACUUGGCGCCAAGAUCAAGGCCGAGUUCCCAGACUUGGAGCAGGAGGUCAAUCUGAUCCAGUCACGAACCAGCUUAUAA